UUCCUAGGUUUAAAGUUUGUACAAAAAGAUGUCAUUGUGCUGAUCGAGGGAAGCCAUGUUAAUACGUCUGACACUUGCGUACUGUCUGCAGUAACUGGUAUUCCUGUUAUCAGCCUCAGCAGAGACACCAGGCCAAUUAAUGAAUGCAAAAAAUCAGUCCAUAUGCAUCCGGGAUACAAGACUUACGCACAUGCUACUCUAGACAUCGUAAACACAUUUCAGUGGAAAAAGCUAGCACUACUUUACGAUGGUAAAAACUUAUCUUACGGAUUUUAUUUUAUGAAAGAACGGUGUAGUUGUCAGGUGAAUAAAAUCGCGUUAUUUUUUGGUUUGUUUGUUUUAUUUGUUUUGUUUUUGUUUUUUGCUUUAAAAUUUGCCUCUUAUCGUCAAUCACUUUCGGCAUAUAGAAAGGAUAUUCACACUGACUUUAUGUUACAAAUGGGGAAAAAUAAAAUUAAAAUUUAGUUUGCAAUUUAUAUGACUUUUAUUUUUCUAUUAUUUAUUUAAAUAUUAUCAUUUUUUUCUUUCCAGCGGAUCUCUUGAACAGAGCUGGAUACUUCUACUUUAUAUCCCAGGGAUCUGAGCUCACCGUGACUUUUGUUCCGAUUCGUGAAAAAGAGGAAGUGGAGGACAAAACCAAACCAAUAGCAACGGCAAUGAACCAAAUAGAAAAGCUUGAAUUGGACGUUAUUUUACUAUAUACUAAAAAGGAAAAUUUGGAACUGUUUUUGAAACAGGUAAAACUCCUCCUCUUAACUGUUAAUGGUGACACUAACUUUGAAACUGUGUAAAUGAGUACCUGCAAUAUAAACUGCCUAUUAUAACCGCAAUGCGAUUGAAACCUGCUUCUAAAAGCAUGCAUAUUUAUCUAGCGUUAAAUUCUGAGUUCCUUGAAUGAGUUGUAAAUUGCCUUGUGCGGCUUCCUAUUUUAUCUCAGUCGCUUUUCAACAUGGUCAUUGUUAUCUUUGCUUCUGUAGAAGAGAUACGAAAAUGUGAAGGGCUACAAAUGGAUACUUCAAGGACAGGUUUGCAAAUUUCCUAAAAAAAGUUUAUAAACUUCAUUGAGACUAUUUCAGUGAAAAAAAGAGGAACCCUUUUCUAUUCACUAAUAAAUUAUAAUUAUCAUAAUAAAUUGAACAUGUUGUAGAUAUUUCUUUAUCGUCGUCAGGAAUGUUUCAUACAAGCGGCUGCCAACUAAGGAUGCACUUUCAGGCGUUUUUUGUAAGAGAGGCUUUGCCAGUGCCUUUUGCAAUAUAAUUUUGUGUCCACUGGAUCAGUUUUAAUGACAACCCUCGACCCAAUUUUUGAGCAACUUUAAACGUCCGGUGAAUUGAGUUGUCUUUAAAACGUACGUAGUCAUAGAAAAAUUAAAAAUAAUCCGAGGGCAGACGUAAUUAUUUAUGUUAAAUAUAAUUCAUUUUUAAGCAAUUUAUUUCACUACAGGUACCAGGAAACCUAACUAGUCGAGCAGUGCAUGUGGUUUUAACAUUCAAGCUUCCUUAUAUUGAGAAUCUGGCUUCCAAAGAACUGCUCUCUACCAACUUUUCUCAAAAGGUAGGAAUAAAAAUCUGCAAAUAAUCGAAUUCAGCUUAAUUUAUUCAGCCAUUCAAACAAAAGAGGUUAUGUAGUUUUCCUUUUGAAAAACAUGUUUUAACCGGCAUCGCACAAUAUAAUAUUUCGUGCAGGAACUUGCCGCCAUUGCUCACGAUGCAGUACAAGUAAUCAAGCAGACUCAAAAUAUAGAAGCAUGUUUAUCAAUAAACUUCUCGGCUGUUACUUCUAAAGACCGUGAAACAUUGUUUUCAUGCAUGACAAAGGUAAGCUAAUUUCUUUGCUUCGUCAAUAUUUUUUUUAUUUAUAGACUCGUACUUAGUAUCGGUUUUCCGAGUGUUUCAAUGUGUUUUCAAUAUGUUUUGAUGUUAUUGUAGUUUUUUUCUUUCUUUCGGUUUUGUGCUUGGUUUUGAUUUUGUUUGUUCCUUGAAGUAAUAGGUGUUUCUUAAUUUUCCUCCCUCUUCUUGAUAUGAAAACUGAUUGCUUACAACCAACUUUACCACGAUACGUUACCACGAUAAUGGAGAGAUUAGAGCCACGUUUACGGCAAACGGCAAACGUAAAUUUGUGCCACUUGACCAAGUUUUCCCUUGUCUUGUAUUUAACUGUUCUUUACUUCUACAAAAGAGUAGUAGUUUAACUAUUGUUUGCAUUCAUAAGAAUUGAACUGGUUUUAUCUGCUAAUUUUCGAUUUUGAGAAAUCUCAACUUGAAUCGCUGCCGUUAAUUUGCCUUUUGCCGUGAUGCAUGAACUUAGAUCUCUCUGUUAUGAAAUAGAUAGAUUAAGAGAUACUUAGAUGGUUUAUUAAAACCACAUUACAUAUUGCAGCCAUUAAAGCUGAAUUACGUAAUUUUACGAUUAAUAUAUUCAUCUAAAACUCAUGUAUUAAGAUCUACUUGUUUAAUAUAUCAAAUAUGAAAUACAAUUUACUUAUCUAAAAUUGUCAAUAAAACACUUCCUAAAUCAAAAAAUAUCUGUUAAUAAUACAAUUGAAACUAGAUUCUAGGGAAAAAAAAAUUAGCUACUAAAUUACGAAACAUGGCAAAGAUGGCCCAGCUCCUGACUAUAAAGAUCCUGAGACCUUACGAUGCGAAAAGGGGCCAUUCCAAGACAGGUGAUCAUGGCGGACGAAACCUGCAGAGAUUUUACCGUUGCAACUAGGCACCAAAACUGAAACUAAAAAUCCUCCAUCAUCACGUCUGCAUUGACUAAUUGUCGAGAAAAACUAACUAAGGUUAAGCCAAGUACUUAAAGUCAAGCCAGGUCAAGUGCACCCCUUAAGAUUUCAUUAAUGAAAUUUUAUUAUUAAAGUUGAAUCCUUUGGUGGUUGUAGAUUUCAGAUUCAUCUCUGCAUUCUUGCAUACUUAAAAAGCCGUUAUUAGUCACACGCAAGUGAGGCAGUUAUGAAAUUUCUUCCAGCUCAGUUUUCCUGAAUUGAUAUAAAUGUCUUCGAAGCAAUUUUAUCCAUUCAAAGAUUUUCAAUCUGAUCAAAUUCAAAGAGAAGUUCUCCUAAAAUAUUCACUGCUCAUUGCUCAUACAGGAAUGCCGAUUUAAAUUUGACACUAGUUCAAGGAACGACUAACGGAUUCAUUUUUCAAAUAUUAAUCAAUUCAUUUAUAGAAUCUUAGAGGGUAGGCGUUUCCUGCCUUGACUGCAAUAUGAUGCAAUAUUGCAUUUUUUAAAAACAAGCACAUCGAAUGUAUAAGUUGCAGGAGGUUUCAGUUUUAUCCUUGGCUUAAGUUUUAUUUCCUUUUGUUUUAAACUCAUUAGCAUACAUUACCAUACCAAAAAACAAAGGGAAUAAAAUUUGGACCAAGGAUAAUAUUGAACCACAACAUAUAUCAACAGGUAAACUUUGAUGGUGUAACAGGACCUGUCAGAUUUAGCCAGGAUGGAAAGAGAGCAGGAGUACGACUGGAAAUCUUGAAUCUGAGAAACGAUUCCCUUAGGAAAGUAAGUACCAAGAUCAAGUGCAUAGUCAACAAGUUACUUUAAAGCAACUGACUGGCACUGUGCGCACGGAGAGUACAAAAACAAAGUAACACUUCUCAAUGGCAGCAAUUUGUUUAUGUUAUCCAGUGACCAAAAAGUACGUAAGCAAACAGGCUGGAACAUUAAUUGUUAAUAUAACUUUAAUUUAAAAAGAAAUCACUAGGUACUGUUUAGCAUUUACUUUAAGGAAUGUAUCCACCGCAUAAAUGAAUCACCUUCCUUUUUCAGUUUAUGCUUAAAUUAUGCCCACGACCAUUUUUCAUUCUAGAACAAAAAUUUCAUUUUCAGAAGUGGACGCAACGAAAGCAACAUUUUCGGAGCUUGCUUCAUUUUAUCUUAUUUCAUUUUAUUUAUUUUUUGUUCUGUUAGGUAGGGUCUUGGAAUUCAAGUGACAAAGCUGUGAUGUUUGAAAAUAUCCACCCUAAUAUGUAUGACGCGGACAAAUUUAAGGGAAGCACCCUGGAAGGAAAAAUUCUCAGGGUUGUUGUUACAGAGGUACUAUAAAAGCACAAUGUAUUGUGUAAAUGUUCCUCAAACGACUAUCUUGGGCUCACCGUGACCGGAGAGAGAAGUAAAUUUAGUCGAAGACAAAUCAGCUUGGGAAGAAAUGACUUGAGACUCGAUCUGGAAAACUGUACGCACAACUGAAAACAAUCCUGACCAGCACAGUACAAGUAGUGCAAUUGCCUUGAUAUUGACGUUAACUCUAUGCAGUUAGUUCUUGUAACAUCGCCUCGUUUCCAGCCCCCCCCCCCCCCCCCCCCCCCCACCACAUCCUUUCAACCUCUUCCGCCCACCCCACCAACACAGUCGGAAUAAAUACACGACGUCCACUUCAGUGGGUGAGUGGGUUUUUUUUGUAUUUGUUUGUUUUUUGAUAUGAGUUGGAGUGUUUUAGUUAUGAUUGUUAUUUUUGUGUCAAUCCCCCCCCCCCCCCCCCCCCCCCAGUAAUCAAUUUUGAAUAACUUUAUGACGACACCAUAACAUGAUGGCAAUUCAGACAUUGGGGUCAAUUUGGAGGGGCUUCGUUUUUUGUAAAAUUCUUUAUAUUUUGAAAGUAAAGUGUGGGACUUACAUUUAAAAAGGUGUUUUCGAAAGGCCAUAGAUUUAAAAUGAUAGUGUAUUAAAUGUAUGUUUUAUACGUUAGGUGUGUAGCUAUUUCUAGUAUAAUAUCCAUGAGACAAUUCACUUAAAGAUUUUUAAAAACUCUUACAUAAACACAGAAUGAGCCAUUUGUCCUGCUCAAAAGACAGAAAGAUGGACAGGUUGCAUAUGAAGGAUACUGCAUUGAUCUGCUAAACGAACUUGCCAAAACACUUCAUUUCACUUAUCAUAUCACACCUUCUCCCGACGGGUUUUUCGGCGUCGAAACGAUAAACGGAUCCUGGAAUGGAAUGAUAGGAGAACUACUAAACAAGGUUAGAAGCAAAAAAAAAACAAACAAACAAACUCUCCCAGAUCGAGGUGCCCUAGAGGUGCCGCAUUUCUCUUUGAAACUUUCCUUGCGCAUGCACACUAAAAGAUGCAUGGAGGCAUCAUUCUUUUUAUUAACUACAAUUUUGAAAUGAGGAGCCAAAAAAAAAGUGCAACGGAUCCUCGAGAUACAAAAGAUAAAAACAAUUAUUUGACAGUCGUUCUAGAAGGCACCAAACAAAUAACUCAAACGUGCUGAGAAGUUAGAUCAUCUUUUUCAAUGAGGGUAAACCCCUUUAAUAAAAAUUACAAAUUAAAUAAACUUUGGUUAAUCUUUGACAGUAUCUAAUAAGUGGAAGAAACCGUGACCGUUUCUCUGAUGUAUUUUUCUUUUUCAUCUCUAAAGCGUGCAGACAUUGCUGUUGCAGCUUUGACCAUUACUGAAGACCGAGAAAAAGUGGUAGACUUCACUGUUCCCUUCAUGUAUUUCACUGAAGAUAUGCUACUCAAGAAAACAUCAUUCAACAACGGAUCGAUUGAUUUUCUAAAGUUCUUAAAUCCUUUUCACAGCGACGUUUGGUUUGUUACUCUAGCCACUCUGGUAGUGAUUUCUGUUUCAACUUUUGUGAUAAACUACUUUAGCCCGUACGGAUACAAAGGUGCAAAUGGUCGAGGGACCUCUGAAGAGUUUAGUUUCUUUAACAGCGUGUGGUUUGCAUUGGCUUGCAUGCUGCAGCAAGGAUCUGAAAGCCAACCACGAAGCCUGUCAGGUACAGAGAUGUUACUCGCUCGCAGUCGAAACACAGUCGAUGUUCGGAAAGGAAGUUUCGAUCAGUCUUAGUAUGCUGCUCUAAUAUCAGUGAUAAUUGCGUAGUUGAAUCUAGUACCUUCUUCUUUUUUCCCUAUUAUAUAGGUCGCAUUCUUACCGGGUGUUAUUGGUUUUGCAUUCUUGUGUGGGUUUCAACGUACACUGCAAAUCUCGCAGCAUUUUUGACUGUGAAAAAUGCCGUGGCUCCAAUCAAUAACCUGGAAGACGUAAUAGCAUCCUCUCAUCAAGUCACCAUACUAGAUUCAGGAAGUCUCUACGAGUUUUUCAAGACGAGCAAAUAUCAAACUCACCGACAGAUUUGGCACAGAAUUCAAGCUGACAACUCUUUUGCUCGAAACAUAAAUGAGGCUGUUCAGUUCAUUCGCGAAAAGGAUGAGCGUGUGUUUAUUUGUGAUGGACCUGUUAUUCGACAUAUCGCCAACAAGCCACCCUGCGAUCUAACAACAGGUAAUUAGGUUUGAUCCAGAACACUGCGAUAUGAACAUAUUUAUAUGUGAAAUUUAAAAUUUCUAAAAAACAUAAUUUAUAUACAUAUAUAUGUAAGCCAUCGGAUGUGUUAGGGGUUGGGGCGGGACCAAGGUGGUUAGAUUUGUUUGUUUUAACUUUAGUUUUUUUCAGUUGUUGCUUAUAAUAUGUUCAAGCCAUUCUCAAGGAAAAGUGCGAGUUUUAUUAGGCUACUUUAUGCAUUUAUUGUCUGAGGCAGAGGGCCGGGAAACAACCUCGCGUCUCUGUUUCAUACACUUUCAUUUAGCGUUUUGGUUUCCUGGAAAGGAAACAGAUCACGCGCUUUUGAUCAUAUUUGCAUGGAAAAGGCGCGUUAUAAAUUUUUAAUCAUUAUUAUUAUUAUAGAUCACUGUCGCACGCAAUGCAGCCCGAGCGGCCAAAGGCAAUUGGGACAAUUCGGCAUUUCACCAUUUGGGCAUACGGAACUUACUACUAUGAUUUCCUUGAGCUGCCACCAAACAAUAGCUUCCCAGUGCGCAAUUCCUCAAAAUGGCCAAAGCGGCUUGCUUGAAUCAGCUAUACAUCAUUAGACGGGGUUCUGCAAUUUUAAAAUUGCUUACGGAGCCAUGCCUUGCCUUAGCUGUAUCAAAAAUUCAACAAUUUUUUUUUCACGUUAAUAUUCUACUUUUUUAUGGGGAAAAAGUGCAAAAUAUGCUAAACUGAUGAAUGAAAAACUCUUUCAGUGCCAGGUUUAACCAACGUCAGAGGACUUGGUCUUGCUUUUCAAGCGAAUGAUCCUUAUGUUACAGAUUUUACACUGGCCAUUUUGCGUUUCCAAGAGAAUGGUUUCCUAGGAAACCUGGAACGUAAAUGGUGGGAAUCUUCCUCUGGAUGCCCUAAAGUAAAAGACAUAGGUAAAAUAAUUUAGUGUGCUUAAUCCUCACAGGGAUUUGAGGUAGCUAAAACUUCUCUAAAAUUGCGUUAUCUAAUAUGUAUGAAUUGUUGACUUUUUUGGCAAUUCACGAUCCGUAACCUAUCAAACUGGAAAACUUAUUCAAGAGCAGCUGUAGAUGAGGUUUCCAGAUUUGCAUGUUUUAGAAAUAAAGGCACGCCAAAUUAUAGUGAAUGUCCUGACGACUAUUAGAGGAAGAUAUAGCCCUGCUAUGGACAAAACCCGGUAUAAAAGUCGGAAUUAAUAUCCAUUUUCACACAGCCCAUGGCCAUAUACACCCUGAUGCCCACCCUGAACAUAAUCAUCUUGUUUCUGUUGCUGGAUCUUUCCUAGUGUACCUACAUCGUGAGUAAUGUAAUGUAAUGCAAUGUAACGUCUUAACUUUACAGUGGAACCACCAUAUAACGAACCUCUCUAUAACGAAGUCCAUCGUAUAACGAACACUUUUCUUUACCCCAGUAAUAAUACUAAGUAAAAUAUAUGAAAAAGGCCCUCGAUAUAACGAAACCUCGUUAUAGUAGCGAACAAACUUUGUCAGUGCCUCGGCCAUUCGUUAUAACCAGUUUCCAUUGUAGUUUUGUUAUUUACGUUAUAACUUUUGUAAUUCUCGAACCUUUUUUGUUUUUCAUGUAUUCGUCGAAGUGUUGUCAACAAAGCAAAUCGGCUUAACAAGUAUGGCGGGAGUGUAUGUUGUCUUGGGCGUUGGACUGGUUGUGGCAUACCUAGUGCUGAUUGCAGAAAUUAUCUGGAAACGAAAACAGGAGAUGAAGGUUGAAGGUCAGUUAGGCAACGAUAAAAAUUCAAAUUUCCUGCUUUUUACUGGAGUAAUACCGGUAGUCUCCAAU